GAGUUCACGUGAGUGGAAGUGAUAGAGAUAUAAUGAAGGAGUGAUUGGCGAAAUUCUAAUUUGGAGGUAAAAGAAGAUUGUAAUCUCUUCUUCACAGUCAAGUCAAAUCAAGAGAAUUGUGCAACGAAUCCAAUUCGCAUGUACAAUUUUUCCUUUCGUAUAUCCGGUAUUCUGUCUCCAUUGAUCUGUUUGUCUGUACUUGUUACUUGAUAAGUGAUUCAUCAGCUUCAUUUUCACCUUCCUUGCUGAGUAUUUCAUGGAAGGGUUGGAGUUUGUACAAGCAUUAUGUGGUCACAUAGGACGAGUGUGGAAUGUUAGCUGGCAUCCCCAGGGCAACUUACUCGCUUCCUGUGGAGAAGACAAAAUUAUUAGACUGUGGGGCAAAGAGACUUUCGGAAAAAAAUGGGUAGCAAAAACAAUGCUUACAGAUGGACAUCAACGUACAAUUAGACAAGUCUCAUGGUCACCAUGCGGAAAUUAUUUAGCAUCAGCGAGCUUUGACGCCACAACUGCCAUUUGGGAUAAAAAAUCGGGUGAAUUCGAAUGCAAUGCUACUUUGGAAGGUCAUGAAAAUGAGGUGAAAUCUGUUGCCUGGUCCAAAUCUGGGCAGCUCUUAUCCACUUGUAGUAGAGAUAAAACUGUGUGGGUCUGGGAUAAAGCAGAUGAUGAUGAAUACGAAUGUUCAGCUGUUAUAAAUGCACAUACACAAGAUGUUAAAAAAGUAUUGUGGCAUCCUCUCGAAGAUAUUCUAGUUUCAACUAGUUAUGAUAACAGUGUAAAAAUUUUUAAAGAAGACCCUGUAGACAACGACUGGAUUUGUGUUGCCACUCUCUCAUCUCACACAUCCACCGUAUGGAGUGCUGCUUUUGAUAAAACUGGAAAAAGACUAGCUACCUGCAGCGAUGACUGCACAGUGAAAAUCUGGCAAGAAUACUUGCCUGGAAAUUCAGUGGGAAUAGCCACAUCCACUAAUGAACCUGUCUGGAAAUGUGUAUGUACUCUGUCAGGGUAUCAUACACGCACAAUUUAUGAUAUAUCUUGGUGUCAUACAACUGAUCUGAUUGCCACUGCUUGUGGAGAUGAUGUAAUUAGAGUGUUCAAAGAAGAUAGAGAUUCAAACAUUAAUGAACCAUCUUUUAGCCUAGUUGCAACCUGUGAUCGAGCUCAUUCGCAGGAUGUGAAUUCCGUAGCUUGGAAUCCAGUCGUUCCCGGAUUACUUGCCUCCGCUAGUGAUGAUGGUGCAGUCAAACUAUGGCAAUUCAAUGAAAUUUGAUGUGAAGUGGUGAAAAAAAAAAAAACUAUU